AUGUAUUUGGACCGAACCAGUACCCCGAGAUUUAUAAUGCUCCUUUCCAAGGGUAUCAAAGUGCCCAUCCAUGGCGAUGGUCGAAAUAUCCGCUCCUUCCUUUUCGCGGCCGAUGCAGCACAGGCGCUGGAUGUGAUAUUUCAUAGGGGCACUAUUGGCAUGAUAUAUAACAUAUCUUCUAGUCACCAUAUGCAGGUCUGUGAGGUUGCGGGAAAGAUUCUUGAACAUCUACCAAACGAUAAAUAUGAGGCAGACUUGCUGGAGUGGGCAGAAUGGGUUGACGAUCGUCCCUAUAAUGAUAGCAUGUACUGGACUGAUGCAUCUAAACUGGAGCUACUUGGGUGGGAACAACGCACCAGUUUUGAUCAGGGUCUAGAAGCUACUAUACGGUGGUAUCUUGAAGAAGGCGAUAGAUUUUGGGCAAGUUCAUAA